AUGGUGGUCCCAUACAUCGACACGCCGCGCACUGAAGUCGACGGGAACGCGACUUACCUCACCAAUGGCUUUCGCAGCGUGGGACGAACACAUCUUUCCGCGCUCGAUUCGGUCGAGAACUCGUUUGCCACGCCAUCGAAAGAUCAUGAUAUAAUAAGAGGAUUCGGAGAAGGACGGAAACGCGUGGCGGAGACAUCCACCUCCGGCACGCCGCGCGCAAAUGGAGGCACGAGGUCAUCGAGAAGCGCGUUAAGACAACUGCCAUCCGCUGGACCUGCACGCGGAGAGUUUACCCCAUUGAUGCGGAGCGCGACGAAGAACAACUUUUUGAAAAACGCGAAUUCAAAUCGAGGAGGUGACGAUCCGAGAACCCCAUCGCAUUUGCGCGAAAGCGCCCGUCGCAGCGCUGCCUACACGCCGAGACUACCCCCCAACGACAUGUCUGAUAUUUAUGAAGAAGAAGCGACAGUUGAUGAGCCUACACCCCUACCGCAUGCUGCUAGUAGCAGUGUUCAGUCUACGCCAAUACCGUCAUUAAUGGGACGCGAUGGGAGGGGAGUCCUGGGGGAUGGCCAGAACAUGACUCUAAAGGAACAGGAGCGGAUCAUCGACCGGCUCGACAAAGACAACUGGAACCUGAAACUCAAGAUUCACUAUCUGGAGGAGCAACUCGAGAAAGCAGGACCCGAAUACAACAGCGCGGCACUUAAAGAGAAUACGGAGCUCAAAGUCCUACGUCUUACGAUGCAGCGCGACAUUUCUCGGUACAAGAAAAGUCUACAGCAAGCAGAGCGCAACUUGGAGGAAUACCAACAGCAACUCAUGGAAAUGAGGGACAAGGCGCGGCGCGGAGGGACCGAUGAGGAGAUUCAACGCGAAAUGGAGCUCCUGAGAGAGGACGUCGAAUCAAGGGAUAAUGAGCUUCGCGACCUAAGGGAGGAGCUAAGGGUGGCUAAGGAAGACCGCGCCCGUGAGAUCGAGAGGUUGCAGGACGAAAUUGAAGAUCUCGAAGCGGCCGGUCGUGAAAAGGAUCGCGUGAUCGAAGAACGGGAUGAAGAGCUCGAGGAGUUGCGCGAAAAGAACCAAGAGAUCAACGCUGCAGCAGAAGUCCAGCUCGAACUCGACAAUGCCAAGGAGCAGAUCAGAGAUCUUCAAGAUCGCCUUGAGCAAGCCAUGUCCGAAGCACAAGAAGCAGGAGCUGCGGCUGAGAAAGCAUCGAAUGAGAAACAUCGUGCUGAGGAUGAGCUUCGACAACUGCGAGAAGAAGUGAUGGACAAAUCAUUCACCACAAAGGGUCUCAGCCGAGAACUUCAAGAACAAGCCAUGAGGCUGGAACAGGAAGUAGAGCAGCUGCGAAGAAUGAAUGACCGCCUUACGACAGAACUCGAGAGCAAGACAGACACGAUAUCCCGCCUCGAGAAGCGUUAUCAGUCCGCCCAGCAAGAUGUACAGAGCGAUGCCGAGAAACUGGGCGACAAUCUCAAUUCUGUGAAGCGUGAGCGAGACGCACUCAUCGAUGAGCUCCAAAGGGUGUCAGCGGAGCUGAAGGAUGCUCUCGAAAGCCUCCAGCGCCGAACCGAAGAAAAGGAGCUUCUUCACAAUCGUCAUCAGGCUCUGACCGAGGAGUCCGGUGGGCUACAAGCGGACUUGACACGGGCGCAGUCGCGAAUACGCGAGCUUCAAAAAGCGGUCGAGGAAGCGACCGCUCGAGCUCAAGAUAGCCAGAACCUACGAUGGCAACAUAAAGUCGAGAUCGACCGACUGCAGGAUGAGAUCGAGGCUCUUCAACAUGAAAUCGAAGAUAAAGAAGGCCACUUUGCAUUGGAGCGUGAUCGGUGGGAGAGCGGGAAACGCUCUUUGGAGGCCCAGAAAGAACGUGCCGAGGAGCAAGCGAGGGGUUUCAAGCGUACCAUCGAAAGCCUUCAGCAGGUAGAGCACUCAUCGUCCGGGAGGGAGUCUAAACUACAAGGCGCCAUUGACAGCGAAAAGCAACGUCACCUACAAGAAGAGGCUGCUCUCAAUCGCCAGAUCAAGGACAUCAGCGACGAGCUCUCUCAGAAACGGAGCAUCAUUGAUGAACAACGCAGUGAUUUACUCUCCGUCAGGGAGGAACUGCGUAUUUCACGACGCGAAGAACAGUCGCUGAAAGACAAAGUGCAGGCGUUGGAAGAUGAAAUUGUUGUCUUGCAGUCGAGUCUCGCGGACGAGCAGGAAUAUGCCAAGGACCGCGUACAAAAAGGCACGUCCGACCUGGAAGUACAACUGCAAAAAGCUAUCAGCGACCGACAAACCCUUCGCGAUCAACUUGCCAAUGCCCAUGUUGAGCUACAUGAUUUGCGAAGCUCUAUUAGGGAUCUUGAAUCUGAGCGCGAUAAUCUCCAAGCCAGGCUCCUUCGAUCUGGGGGUGGGGACAACUCCACCCGACUCGACCAAGAGAAGCUUGAGCUCCGACGUAAUACAAGUCGCCUGGAAAGCGAGAACAAACGUUUACAAGAUGACCGAGCUGCUCUGCUGGAAGCUAAAGAUAUUCUGGAGAAGCAGCUUGGCACAGAGAUCGAGCGAGCUACCGCUGAAGAGAGCCGUCUCUCUGCAGAGAUUGAUCGUCUACAGGAUAAGCUUCUCUCAGGCUCGGGCAAUCGGGAUCGCGAACUGACCUCGGCAAAAGCCAAGGUGCAGCGUUUCGAACGACGCGUUCAGGAGCUCGAAGCGCUGCUCCAGCAAGAGCGGCCUGCGAUAGAGCAUGAGACAUCUGGAACUUAUGGAGAAUUGUCCCUUUUACGACAGAAUCUGGAAGACGCUCGCAAGCGCGAAAAGAUCCUUCUUCAGCGGGAAGCAGAGCAGAAAGCCUCGGCGCGAUCGCUCAAAUCACGGGUUGGAGAUCUCGAACGCGACCUUCACGAGGCAUUGAUGCACAAAUUCGAUGUACACUCUCCACGAGACUCACCAUCCAACAAGCUUUAUGACGAGCUGAGAAAUCUUCGAAAGCAGUUGUCUGAGGCUCACCGAUCAUUAAAAGACGUGAAGACUAAGAAUCGGGAACUGGAACGUGCUGCCAUGAGGGAGGAAGAUCAAAGAGAUCUACACGAACUUCUGAAGUCGUCAACCAUUGAGGCAGAGGCGCUGGCCGUGAAACUGUCUGAGCGGGACUCACGUUUGAAUGAACUCAAGAGCCAAGUUCAACGCAUUCGAGAAGAGCGCGCCUACAGUGCUCGCAAAGCGGAAACAGCCAGCAAAGAGCUGGACGUCCUUCAGCGACACUACGACGAGGCCUUGAAGAAGAUGGCCAAUCUGAAGACUUCCAGCAGGGGUCAACAUGAGAAGGAGAUGCGAGGUCUUGGCAAGGAAAUUAUGUGGCUUCGCGCUCGCUUGCGACGGGAGGAGAAAUUCCGUCGUGAUCUGGCCUGGAGCAAGGGUUUGAUGGAGCUGGGCGAACGAGUUCGCGUUGCUUGCAACGAGGCCGACCUCCGCAUGAUUUCCGAGAUGGGCGUCCAGGCUCGUGACCGACAUCCUGCAAGAACACCCCGACGAAAGCUCAAGACUGCCAUCUCUCUCGUUCUGGCUACUGUCCGCAUGAAACGGAUGAGCCAAGCAUGGGGCCAAACGAAAAAAAUCGGCGAGGGUUUGAAACGAGCCAAGAACGAAUUGCUCAAGCGUCGUGAAAGUUCGAGUAAGGCCUUGCUCGGGUCAUGA